AUGAACGGAGCGGCAGAGAACUAUAAGUUCGUCAACUACCAGGAAUGGAAAGGCCUGAAGAUGCUGCGCGACCUCGUGCAUGACGUCGAAGCAGUGGCCCGAAUCCACAACAGAGAUUCCAUCAUUCCAGCAAAGCGAUCCAUCGGUUGGAUCUACCUGGCAACCUGUUGCCAUAUCCGAGGAAAAAGUGAUGUGAUGACCAAAGAGUACAAGGAUAUAAAGAUGAUCGAACACUUGCCCACUGCACUGUACGCAGCGAUGGACGGACUUCCGGACAACAAAGUGAUCCUGGUCAGAACCAGAGUUCCUAUCAUCCAGCCGGACAUUGUCAUCGAACUCACCGGUGAUGGCAUCCAGAGAGACAUUAAACUGGAGGACAUUUGA